CUGGCCCACAGCCGCGUGGUUGACGUCUCCGCUGGUUGGUUGUCGCCCCAAGCACGCAAUAGUUUUUACGUAUGAAAAGAAACAGAAAAAAAACCUCAACAGCCGAUGUCACUGCAACGAUGAUGUUUUCCCAUAUAAAGACUAGCUUCAUACCUGGGGAAUCCUUCAAAAUGGGCGAGCCUCGUUCUCUUUUUAUUUUCUCUUCUGGUGGCACCUGUCAUGACUGAGAGUCUUAAACACAAAAUGAAUACCGACAUCGAGAAACGCCCAAGGGGGUACGAGACAGGCCCCGAUGAUGGCGCACACAUGCACAACAAUGGAGCAGACGACUAUACUCCUCCAAUCAUCGUCGCCAACAAAUUAAGCCGGAAACUGUCCGCUCGUCAAGUACAGAUGAUCGCUAUCGGAGGCACAAUUGGAACUGGCCUGUUUCUAGGGACGGGCAACUCUCUGGCCAAAGGUGGUCCGGCCUCGAUGCUGAUUUCGUAUGCGAUUGUUGGCGGGAUUGUGUUUGUGACUAUGUUGGCGUUGGGGGAGAUGUCGGCUUUUAUACCUGUUGCGGGGUCGUUUUGUACUUUUGCUGGGCGCUUUGUGGACGAUGCGUUUGGGUUUGCGUUGACUUGGAAUUACUGGUUUAAUGAUGCGGUAUCGACUGCAUCUGAUCUUAUUGCGCUCCAGCUCCUGUUGCAGUAUUGGACGGAUAAUUUCCCUGGCUGGGCUAUCAGUUUGAUCUUUCUGUUUGUGGUCAUUGGCCUCAAUGUCAUAUCCGUGAGGCUAUAUGGUGAAGCGGAGUACAUUCUCAGUAUCCUGAAAGUCGUCACGAUAGUGAUAUUCAUCAUCCUCGGUAUUGUCGUCAACUGCGGCGGAAACACCAGCCAUCAUUAUAUUGGCGGACAUAACUGGCAUAUUGGCGACGCUCCUUUCGUCAAUGGCAUUGGAGGAUUUGCCUCGGUGUUUGUUACUGCUUCAUUUGCUUACGGAGGAACUGAAUCGAUUGCAGUCACUGCAGGAGAAACGAAAGAUCCAGCCAAAACCCUUCCUCGCGUUGUGCGCAAUGUCUUUUGGAGAAUUCUACUUUUUUAUAUCUUGGCUGUCCUGAUCAUUGGUCUUAACGUACCAUACAAUUACCCCGGUUUGAGCUCCAAGAACAGCCAUACCAGUCCAUUCACCAUUGUCUUUGAGCAGGCCGGAAGCAGUGUUGCCGGUAGUUUCAUCAAUGCGGUCGUAAUGACCAGUGUGAUUUCGGCGAGUAAUCAUGCCCUCUUCGCGGGUUCGCGACUACUCUACACCUUGGCUACUGAUGGAUACGCCCCGGCUUUCUUUGGUAUACUGAACCGACAAAGAGUACCAUGGGUUGCGGUAUUGGCGACAUCGGUCAUUAGUGGACUUUGCUUUGGCGCAAGUUACAUUGGCGCAGGGCAGUUGUGGACUUGGUUACAGAACAUCGUCGGUGUCUCCAAUCAACUAUCCUGGAUAGCAAUCUGUUUCGCAUCCCUCCGUUUCCGCGCCGCAGUCAAAAGGCAAGGUCUCGAGCAUCUCCUCCCCUUCAAAAACUGGACCUACCCUUACGGUCCCAUCAUCGCGAUGAUCCUGAACAUUGUCCUUGUCCUAGUCCAGGGCUGGUCAUCUUUCAGUCCGAAAUUCGCUGUCGUCGACUUUGUCAGUUACUACAUUGAAAUCCCCGUUAUGAUUGUCAUGUUUCUGUUUUGGAAACUUGUCAAACGCACAAGGUUUGUGCGGUUGGAUGAGAUGGAUUUGGUCUCUGAUCGGUUUGAUGGUGGACUUAGUGCUGAGGAGCGCACGCAGGUAUUGGAGGUUGCGAGGAGGAGUCCUUUUGCGCGUGGGCAGCCGUGGAAGGAGAAACUUGGGGCUAUUGCUACGUAUUUGUUCUUUUAG